AUGCAUCCAGCCUCAUUGCCUCAUCACCACCAUAUCAACCAUCAGUAUAUAUUCCCACAAGAGGAAGUUCCGAGAUUAGUCCGCAACAUGGAUCAGACCGAAGUGCUCACCCCAAAACAAAUCCGAAACGAAAAAAUCCGCAUAUGGAAAAAUGUCCUUGUUGUAAGCUUGGGUUUCUUGCUACUCUUCAUGUCAUUCUCCAGUGUUUCCGCGCUGCAAAGCUCAAUAAAUUCUGAUAAUGGGUUAGGUACUUAUUCCCUAACUGUCAUUUACGUUGGAUUAGUUUUCUCCUCAUUGUUUCUGGUCACCUUCACAAUCCACAAGCUGACUGCGAAAUGGACUAUUGUGGUUUGCAACCUGUGUUACAUGGGGUACAUAGCUGCGCAGUUCCAUCCAAAUUUCUACACUUUACUGCCUACUGGGCUUCUGGUAGGGUUGGCUGCAGCCCCACUUUGGUCAGCAAAAUGUACCUACAUUUCCGUAAUUGGGAAGCGGUACUCCGAAUUGUGCGCCCUACAACGGACAGAAAACAAACAAUCGUCGGAACAUUCUACUGUCAUGCUUUUCUUCGGGAUUUUCUUCGCCACCUUUCAGUCGGCAGGGAUCUGGGGAAACCUCAUCACGUCUUCAGGUAGAGCACGUCUUUUCCCAAGGAAAGAAUUGAAGCAUAUUCUUUCGUCGGGUGAAACCAAGAGGAAUACAACUGACGUCAGUUUUUGCGGAAAAAAUUUCUGCGAAGACUUCGUCGACCAAGUGGAAAAUUUGAAACGACCUGAGGAAUGGAGAAUUCAUCUCAUAUCCGGGAUAUUUGUCGCAAUCGCGUUCUCUUCUGCUCUUUUCAUUGCCUUCCUCCUUGAUCCACUGUCACGAUUCCAAAAAGUUGCGAAUGAGAGGCAAACCAGCGGUUUUAAACUUGUAUUUGCGACGUUCGCACAGCUCAAGAACUUGAACCAGGCGUUGAUCCUGGUUCUUGUAUUCUACGGUGGAAUGGAGCAGGGCUUCUUCGAAGCGGAUUUCAGCAAAGCUUUUGUUGGAUGCACGUGGGGAAUAGAGAAGAUUGGAUACGUGCUGAUGGCUGCAAAAGCAAUGAAUUCUUUCGGAUCAGCGUUUUCCGGAAAGAUCGUAAAAUACACCGGUAGGAUCCCAGUCUUCCUUGCUGCGUUUGUGGUGAAUGUAGCGACCCUAGUGUACCUUCUCACUUGGGAGCCAAGCGUAGACGAAACAUACGCCUUGUUCAUCAUGGCAGGGACGUACAUGCUUGCAGAUUCCAUUUGGCAGACUCAGAUCAAUGGGCUUCACGGGGUGCUUUUCCAUGACAACGUGGAAGCAGCCUUCAGCGCGUACAAGGUAUUUGAAAGCCUUGGAUUUAUCAUAGCGUUUCUCGCGAGCCCGCUCCUUUGCGUGCGCAUAAAGUUGUACUCGCUCUUAUCCGUUCUCACACUGGGUAUCGCCUGCUACGGUGUUCUGGAAACUCGAGAGCGGAAACUAGAAGUCCGUGCAAUUUCUUGAAGUGUAUGAUUUCAAGGGAUCUUCGGAAAACAACGGAAAUGUGGCAGAUUGUGAAGGGCCACUUCGAUGGGAAUCCAUGCAGCUUUCUACAACUCAAAACGAAUGAUGAAUGUGAUUUUUUCAAGUUUUGGUGCUGUUUAACUUUGAGCCAAAUGUACUCCACAAAAGGAAAGAAAUAUGAAAGAUUUACUUCUGGCUGACCAGC